AUGGAUGAUGAUGAUGAUGAUGAUGAUGAUGAUGAUGAUGAUGAUGAUGAUGAUGAUGAUGAUGAUGAUGAUGAUGAUGAUGAUGAUGAUGAUGAUGAUGAUGAUGAUGAUGAUGAUGAUGAUGAUGAUGAUGAUGAUGAUGAUGAUGAUGAUGAUGAUGAUGAUGAUGAUGAUGAUGAUGAUGAUGAUGAUGAUGAUGAUGAUGAUGAUGAUGAUGAUGAUGAUGAUGAUGAUGAUGAUGAUGAUGAUGAUGAUGAUGAUGAUGAUGAUGAUGAUGAUGAUGAUGAUGAUGAUGAUGAUGAUGAUGAUGAUGAUGAUGAUGAUGAUGAUGAUGAUGAUGAUGAUGAUGAUGAUGAUGAUGAUGAUGAUGAUGAUGAUGAUGAUGAUGAUGAUGAUGAUGAUGAUGAUGAUGAUGAUGAUGAUGAUGAUGAUGAUGAUGAUGAUGAUGAUGAUGAUGAUGAUGAUGAUGAUGAUGAUGAUGAUGAUGAUGAUGAUGAUGAUGAUGAUGAUGAUGAUGAUGAUGAUGAUGAUGAUGAUGAUGAUGAUGAUGAUGAUGGAUGA